AUGUCGAACUUUCAGAUUUUCGCUCGGCUCGCGUACCAUAAACGUGGAAAGCCGCCCGUACGAGGACCAGCAACUGUCGAGAUUUGUCAGACGGAAACAUGUCGAACUUUCAGAUUUUCGCUCGGCUCGCGUACCACGGCUAAACGUAACACGCGUCCGACAGCCGCGACGACGGACGUAACGACGGCCGUCCGACAGCCGCCCGUACGAGGACCAGCAACUCGCACCGGAGAGUCGUCCAGACGAGAUUUGUCAGACGGGCCACACUCCGACGAAACAUUAACACGCGCGUCCGACAGCCGCGACGACGGACGUAACGACGGCCACACACUCGCUAAGGACAGCCGCCCGUACGAGGACCAGCAACUCGCACCGGAGAGUCGUCCAGACGAGAUUUGUCAGACGGAAACAUGUCGAACUUUCAGAUUUUCGCUCGGCUCGCGUACCACGGCUAAACGUAACACACGCGUCCGACAGCCGCGACGACGGACGUAA